UAGUUUCCAAGAAAGAUUUUGAGACGUUCUUAAAACAUAUUUUUUUCAUUGAAAUAUUAAUACCCUGGUGCGUAACUUAGUUCGGGGUUAAAGUUGUUUAUAUUACCUAUCUUAUUUUUAACAUUAAUGUCUUGAUCUAUGUUCUUAACCGCAUAUAAUAUGUAACUAAUCUAUAUUGUUAUACAUAUAGUACAACGAAGUCACUAAGUGGUUAGUUGUCGGAUCUUUUGUUGUCGAAAUAAAAGGUUUUGUUUUUGUAAAAGUAAACCAGUGGUUAAUUAAUGUCGGAUACUUUAUAUAUGUGUAAAAUGUUAUCCUUGGGACAUAAAUAUAAAAGAUAGUGGUGAAUAAAGACUGUGAAGUACUUUUUUUUCUAUAUUGACUGGAAUGUGAUACGUGCGUAGCUAUUUUAUUUUUUCCUUGGUGUAUUCAAUAAAAUAAAAAAGAUGGCCGUCAAAAAACAUGAGUUAGUUGCUGACAACCGAAAUCAACCAGAUUUGGCUGCACUAGCGCAGUACUUUCAAAUGAUGAAUGAACAACCUAAUUACUUGCCUCCACCACAAGAACUUGUAAAACAUUGUCAAGAUAUUGUAAAAUGCCUCUCGCGCACCGCGGGCUCCGUGGAACAACUGUGGCAAAUGCUUCAGCCAGUAGAACAGUUCUUACUUCGCGUUGUAACGACGGUGCACGGUGAUGUUCGUCACGAGAUUUUCACAGCUAUCCUCGACAAGUUCUACUCGUACAUUUCUGAUCCACAAUCAGACGCUUGCCCAGCUACUGCAGCUGUUCUUAUAGUUAUCGAUGAAUCUGAUGAAGAAUCAGCUUUGUCCGCUGCUCGUUGGUUGGUUCAGCAACGUGAAAACGGACCAGCCGGAGCUGGUCUCCGGGCCGCAUUAUCGUGCCUCUUCCGCUGGCUGUAUGAAUGGCACGGUACACCCGCUCUUGGAAACUGGUUGAUUGCAUACAUCAAGGCUUUAGAGGAGAAUGAGCGAUUCGACGUUCUUAUAGAGACGAGCGUAGAUAAUGUCGCUAAACUGUUUUCAUCAAUGGCGAACCCUGCGCCACUACAGCAGAAGGCGGCAGACGCUAUUUUUCACGUCCUCGCUUCAUUACGCGAAUCAACAGAGGCUUUUGAUAGGAUUUCAUCCCAUGUUGGUGACGUCCUUGUUAACCUCGCCGCGGACAGUGGUCAAUGGAGUCGACAGCUCCUUCAAAAUUUGGUCGACAUUCUAACUGCUAUGGUCGACGGUAUUAUGGAAUCUCUCAAGGGUGACGCACAAGAUCUGUUUCGCGACAAGUACGCCGACGUGAUUCUUUGCUUGGAACGGCAUAUGGCGUCUCGCGCGAGCAGCUUUUUGCAACUAUCGCCUUGGCGCACUCGUAACGUGUGUCUCCCGGCUGUAAAUCCCCAUAUACCGAUGAGGAAGGUGGGCCUUCUCAACCUUGGCAACACAUGCUACAUGAACAGCGUGAUGCAAGCUCUACUUGUCGCUAGGCAGUUUAGUACUCACGUUGUGCUAAAGAUGACAGCGGUGCCGUACUGGGCGAAGAUGAGCGUUCUCUUUGCUGAGAUGAUGCACUCCAUCUCGACUAAGCUGAAUCCGUCUGAUUUCUUCAGUGUCGUAAAACCUCCCUUCUUCACCAGGGACAAUCAACACGACAGCUCGGAAUUCUUGGGAUAUUUGUUCGAGUUGCUGCAGUCCUACGAGCAUUGCUCCGACCGAAAUUACGAUUACACCCGGCCGCCCGUGCUCAACGGUGCCAGCCGCCUGCGCAUGAUUCAUCCGCAUGUUCAGCAACACUCCCAAAAUUCUGGCGAUGAUCUUGCUGAAUCAAGCCAUAGUCGUCGGUCUCUUUCGCCGAGGCCCGGUAGUAGCGCUGCUGGAUCUAGUUCAAGUGGCUACAAGCGCAGCUCUGGCGACCUAGAGGUGUUGGUUCCACCAAAGAAACGUUUUCGUAUGAGCGAUGCUACGUUUCUACGCCGUGACUCCUUCAUUGAUAACAUGUUUGGAGGCGUCCUGCUGACACGUGUCGAAUGUACCGUGUGCCACGCAUCAUCUCUGUCACGUGACGUGUUUAGAGACCUCCAAUUAGCUUUUCCCGAAAAACCAGAAGGCUGGCAACACAGUGUCCAGAGUCUAUUGGAGUAUUAUUGCUCUAAGGAAAGCCUCUCCGGUGAUAACAAAUAUGAAUGUCGCGAUUGUGGUGGUCAUCAGGAUGCAGAGAGGAGCGUGCUUAUUGAGACCACGCCAAAAUAUCUCAUUCUGGUUCUCAAGAACUUCAAAUUCGAUUCAAAGCUGCAAGUGCAGACGAAACUGAUGCACACCAUGUAUCACAACCAAUCGGUAACCUUGCCGACGGUCCGUUCACAGGCGGUACAUUCCGUAUACAACCUAUUCGCCGCCGUGAUCCACGCUGGAACCACUCUGGAUUCUGGUCAUUACUUCACUCUCGCUAAAGAUAACGAUCAAUGGCACAAGUACAAUGAUGACGAGGUUACAUUUGCUGAUGAGGGCCAAUUGAACGGUCUUAAUCGUUCUAGUACGCCCUACAUACUUUUCUAUAGGCGCACUGAUAUCGAGGAAGGCACGGCUCCUUCUCUAGAAGAGAUGCCGCCUAAACUUCAGGAAUUGGUCAUGGCUAAUAAUAAGCAUUAUGUUGAUAGUGUGCGCAAAAUACGUCUUACGCGUCCAUGACGGUUAAGAUCCGAUAAAUUCAUCGACUUUUCGGUGCUGGAUUACGUAGAAUCUGAAUAAAGACCAAGGUCUUUUAGAGUUAUUAGAUAUAUUAUUUUGCAUUAUAUUUGAAAGCUAUGCCGUAUUGUUUAUUUAUAAUAUAUUUACUGUUAUUUUUUGUUAUUUAUAUGAAGUAGUCUAGUAUUUAACGAAAACAUCAUUUACAAAGCUGGUACUAUAACUGUCACAAAGUAUUACGAAUCAUUCAAGAUAAUUAAUUCGUUUAUGAUAUAGCUACGACAAAGCAUUUUUUAAAUGAUGCUUCGAAUGAUGUUAUACAAUGAGAAUUUUAUAUAUUAAUUGAUUUAAUUAAUCUACAAAUUAACUUUCUUUCGUACAAGCGAACGUUAUACGAUAUUUAUGAAUAUUCACGUUUGUAACUUAACUGUAAUAGCUAUUGUUAACUCAUUUCCGUAUGCACUAUUACUUAUUAUAUAAUAUAUUAACAAUUUUGAAUAUCUACUCGUUGAAAAGUAUUAAUUGUCACUUUCUUUGAAAUUUAAUAAUGUAAAUGUGUGACGUUUGUAGGUUUUGAUUCCCGGGCAAGUGUGAUUUUGUAAUUCAUAAGUAUGAAAUAAGUUUUAUCAGCAUCAUGUAUGACAGCAACAAUUAUUGCCUUUAUAUAAGUUGAUUUUUUUUUGCAAUUAGUUAAUUAUUAGUUAUAAAUUAAUAUUUUAUUCUCCUCAUUCAUAUAUAUAAUUUAUUAUGGAAUGAUAUAUAAUUCCAAAAAUGAACUAAAAAGAACGACCGUAAUUUGCAUUCUCGAAAUAAUAAGUAUACAAAAUAUGUUAUAUAUGGAUUUUAACUGUAAAAUGUUUUUUAUACACAAUUUUUGUCUUGUAUUUUAAUAUGUAUCCAUUGAUGAGUUGAAAGAUGUAAAUAUGUAAAUAUAUAUUAUACCACACACAACCUGAUAACAGACAAGGGCUGUAUAUUUAUAUAUGAUUAUAUAUAUCGUAUAUCAUAAUUAUUACAAAAUAUGAUUUUGGAUUUUAUUUUUAAUUUAAAGCUUUAAUUUAAAAAAAUAUAUAAUAUUUGAUUUUAAGGAUGUUUGUAUGUGUGUAGUAGCAUAUAUUUAUUAAAAAAAAAAAACUUAAAAUUUGAUGAGAAUCUUAAUCUAGCAGAUAACUCUAUAUGUCUGACUCUUAUGUAUUAAUCAUUCUAAAUUUUAUUGAUUGAAUAAUCUAAAUAAUAUAUAAUCAUUAAUUCUGUGGCAAGUUUUUGUGUUGAUAAAGUAUAAGGUAAUGUAACCUUUGUAGAAUAGAAGUUAAUGAAAUAUUAGAGAAUGAAAAUUUAAAAUUAACUUUUAUUUUUUAAUCCUUGUCAUUAAUAAAAUGCGUGAUCAAUAUAUCACUCUCUCUGUCAUACUCGUUUCAAAUUCAAUCUAUUGUCGUAUAUGACAAAGUUACAAAUUUACGCCAUGUACGCAGAUUUAAAAAUUUUCAAAAAUAUAUUUUCUUCAAUAUUGGAAUUGAAAAAUUUGAAUAUCAGAUUUUUAUCUUUUUCUUCAUAUUAUAAAAUAUUAAAGUAGGUAUUAAUAAUGAUAGUAUAAGUAAUUAUAUGUUAUCACUGCUUAUAGAAAGUUAAGUACGUAUUUAAUGUAUAUAACACGUAACAUCAAGUUUAAAAAAAA